AGCAUGACAGGAAACUUCGAGAGGUUCCAGAGUCCUGGAAAGGGUAACGGACUGCAGGCAGCGAGAGACCUUGAGCUGGGCGAGACAGUGACGAAUGCAGAGCCCUUUGUGCACACUGUGUGGCAAGAAAAGAAUCAAGGAGCGACGUGCCAUCAUUGUCUGCACAGGAAUGAAAAACUUAAAAGAUGCUCCCAGUGCAAGUUUGCCAAGUACUGCAAUUCACGUUGCCAGAAACAUGCUUGGAAGGACCAUAAAAGGGAAUGCCUUUGUCUGAAGAGUAUUUUUCCUAAUGUUCCUACUGAUUCUGUUAGACUCGUUGGCAAAAUGAUCUUCAAACUGCUUGAACAUCCAGAUUGUGGUUCUGGAGAAUUGUAUUCAAUACAUGAUCUACAAUCACAUUUCAAAGAACUUAACGAAGAAAUGAAAGAAGGCCUGAGGCACCUUGCUGCUACAUUAGAGCAGUACCUGAAGAGCGAAAUUCAAGUCUCUACCCAGCUGCCACAUGGUUUUCACAUUCUUGAAUAUUUCGGCAAAGUGACUUGUAACAGCUUCACCAUCAGUGAUGGGGAGAUGCAGGACGUUGGUGUUGGCCUCUAUCCCAGUAUGUCCCUAUUAAACCACAGUUGUGACCCAAACUGUGUGAUAGUGUUUGAAGGAACAUGCUUGCAACUCCGUGCAGUAAAGAAAAUACCAAAGGGUGAAGAGUUGACCAUUAGUUACAUUGACGUGAAGAUGCCCACACAUUUACGCCAGGUCCAAUUGCAGCGCCAGUAUUGUUUCAGCUGUGACUGCCACCGUUGCUUAUCCAAGGAUAAGGAUGAAGACAUGCUAGGAGGGGAUUCAGAGUCUUCAAAAAAGAUGGAGCAUUCAAUCAGACCACUGGAGCAACUAUGUUCCCAAAGCAAAAGAGAAGAAGUCUUGAAUCUGAGUAUGAAACUGCUCAAUAACAGUGGGCUACCAGACAAGAAUAUUCAACAGCUGAAGCUUCUUGACCUAGCCAUGGAUUCAUGCAUCAGUCUUGGCAUGUGGGAGGAAGCCUUGAAGUUUGGUUUACGAACGUUGAACCCUUACGGCUUAUACUAUUCAAAUUACCAUCCGGUACGGGCAGUCCAAAUGAUGAGAGUAGGCAAAUUACAGCUUCACCAAGGAAUGUUUUCCCUAGCCAAGGAAACAUUGAAGCAGGCUUUUGAAAUUAUGAAGGUUACACAUGGAAAAGGCCAUUCUCUGACUCGGGAUUUAACAAAACUGCUCCACGAUUGUGAAAUGGGCUUGAGAUAAACAUAAAUCAACUUAACUACAAUCAGCAGCUACUGU